AUGGCCACACCACUCCCCUUUGAUCUUCCGCUGGAAAAAAUUGACGAGCAGGAAGGCGAAUGCAUUCUCAUGGGCUUCAACGCCGACUACGCGUUCGAGCUGGGCUCCCAGAUCCGAGAACGCGCCAAGAAGGCAGGCAAGUGCAUUCUGAUCGAUAUUACCACCGUCACCGGUCUCACCUGGUUCCGGGCCGCUUCCGGACUGGGAACCAACAUUGAUAACCAGCACUGGGUGUCCCGAAAGCGAAACGCUGUUAUUCGAUUCGGUCGAAGCAGUUUCUUUCUGGGAUGCAACAUGAGACAGAAGGGCCGAACUCUGCAGGAGGCCUACGGAGUCAGUGACACUGAGUAUGCUGCUCACGGAGGAGGAUUCCCCAUUCGCGUCAACGGAAUCGAGGGCCCCGUCGCUGUUGUCACUGUCAGUGGUCUCCCUCAGGUUGAAGACCAUACUCUUGUCUACCAGUGUCUCCGUGACUUUGCUGCCCAGCAACGAAAGGAACUGUCCUAA